GUGCGGUGCUGCCUGGCCGGCCCUUGGAGCCCAGAGCCGCCGCCCAGGGGGAUGCGGGAACCCCUGGCUCGAGGGAGCGGAGAGGAAGGCGGGGUGAGGGGAAGGGCGAGCGCCGCAGACGGAUGCGGGUCGGGAAAAGGCUCUGCAGAAGCUGAGAAGGGCAUGUCUCAGGCCCAGGAAGCACGACCAAGCCCGUCCUCCGUGUACCAUGAGCGACAGCGCCUGGAGCUGUGUGCAGUCCAUGCUCUCAACAACGUCCUGCAACAGCAGCUCUUUAGCCAGGAGGCUGCCGAUGAGAUCUGCAAGAGGUUGGCCCCAGACUCCCGGCUGAACCCCCAUCGCAGCCUGCUAGGCACUGGCAACUAUGAUGUGAAUGUGAUCAUGGCUGCCCUGCAGGGCCUGGGUCUGGCCGCUGUGUGGUGGGACAGGAGGAGGCCUCUGUCCCAGCUAGCCUUGCCCCAGGUGCUAGGCCUAAUCCUGAACCUGCCCUCCCCUGUGUCGCUGGGGCUGCUGUCCCUGCCACUGCGCCGUAGACACUGGGUGGCCCUGCGCCAGGUGGAUGGCAUCUACUAUAACCUGGACUCCAAACUGCGGGCGCCUGAGGCCCUGGGAGAUGAGGCUGGUGUCAGGGCCUUCCUGGCAGCUGCCUUGUCCCAAGGCUUAUGUGAGGUGCUACUGGUGGUGACCAAGGAGGUGGAGGAGACUGGCUGCUGGCUACAGACAAGCUGACCCACUGCCAAUGACCAGCUGUCCUUGCUACCUGUUCUGAGUGCCUGAGAAGGGCCUGCACUUCCAGGUCCCCAGGAAGCCCAUGCCUUGCCCCAAGGUCCCUUUUCCCCAGUGCCACUGCUGCCUCAAUAAAUAAGCCUAUUUGCCA